AUGAGUAAGAGCGUGGAGGUGAGCACGAGGAUGAGCACGAGGAGUGCCGUCGACCUGUGUACCACCACUGUACUUGCAGCCGUCGACCUGUGUACCACCACUGUACCUGGAGCCGUCGACCUGUGUACCACCACUGUACCUGGAGCCGUCGACCUGUGUACCACCACUGUACCUGCAGCCGUCGACCUGUGUACCACCACUGUACCUGCAGCCGUCGAUCUGUGUACCACCACUGUACCUACAGCCGUCGACCUGUGUACCACCACUGUACCUGCAGCCGUCGACCUGUGUACCACCACUGUACCUGCAGCCGUCGACCUGUGUGCCACCACUGUACCUGCAGCCGUCGACCUGUGUACCACCACUGUACCUGCAGCCGUCGACCUGUGUACCACCACUGUACCUGCAGCCGUCGACCUGUGUACCACCACUGUACCUGCAGCCGUCGACCUGUGUACCACCACUGUACCUGCAGCCGUCGACCUGUCCGUCGACCUGUGUACCACCACUGUACCUGCAGCCGUCGACCUGUGUACCACCACUGUACCUGCAGCCGUCGACCUGUGUACCACCACUGUACCUGCAGCCGUCGACCUGUGUACCACCACUACCUGCAGCCGUCGACCUGUGUACCACCACUGUACCUGCAGCCGUCGACCUGUGUACCACCACUACCUGCAGCCGUCGACCUGUGUACCACCACUACCUGCAGCCGUCGACCUGUGUACCACCACUGUACCUGCAGCCGUCGACCUGUGUACCACCACUGUACCUGGAGCCGUCGACCUGUGUACCACCACUGUACCUGCAGCCGUCGACCUGUGUACCACUACUGUACCUACAGCCGUCGACCUGUGUACCACCACUGUACCUACAGCCGUCGUCCUGUGUACCACCACUGUACCUACAGCCGUCGACCUGUGUACCACCACUGUACUUGCAGCCGUCGACCUGUGUACCACCACUGUACCUGGAGCCGUCGACCUGUGUACCACCACUGUACCUGGAGCCGUCGACCCGUGUACCACCACUGUACCUGGAGCCGUCGACCUGUGUACCACCACUGUACCUGGAGCCGUCGACCUGUGUACCACCACUGUACCUGCAGCCGUCGACCUGUGUACCACCACUGUACCUGCAGCCGUCGACCUGUGUACCACCACUGUACCUGCAGCCGUCGACCUGUGUGCCACCACUGUACCUGCAGCCGUCGACCUGUGUACCACCACUGUACCUGCAGCCGUCGACCUGUGUACCACCACUGUACCUGCAGCCGUCGACCUGUGUACCACCACUGUACCUGCAGCCGUCGACCUGUGUACCACCACUGUACCUGCAGCCGUCGACCUGUGUACCACCACUGUACCUGCAGCCGUCGACCUGUGUACCACCACUGUACCUGCAGCCGUCGACCUGUGUACCACCACUGUACCUGCAGCCGUCGACCUGUGUACCACCACUGUACCUGCAGCCGUCGACCUGUGUACCACCACUGUACCUGCAGCCGUCGACCUGUGUACCACCACUGUACCUGCAGCCGUCGACCUGAGCCCCGUGAAAUCGGUAGCCUUUCUGCGGUGCAUGUCGGCAAAAAUGCCAGAUUUAGUAAAUCUUGUUUAUUAA